AUGAGAAGACUAAAUAUUGACAUUAUAGGGAUAAGUGAAGUAAGAUGGCCAGAUCCCGGUGACUUUUGGAGUGAUGAGUACAGAUUCAUUCAUACAGGCUCGGAAAAUGGACAUACUGGGGUAGGCAUCAUCAUGAAUAAAAAGUGUGGAGAAAGUGUGAUUAGCUACUAUCAAUGUACAGAUAGGAUCAUCAUGGUUAAAAUUAACACUAAACCUGCUAUUACAACGAUUAUCCAAGUAUACAUGCCAACAUCAUCACAUAAUGACGAAGAAGUUGAAGAAACUUAUGAUAAAAUAGAUGAAAUAAUGGCGAUGACUAAAGCAGGGGAGAAUGUUAUAAUCCUGGGUGACUGGAAUGCAGCAGUAGGCGAAGGGAAAGAAAGUAACAUAACGGGUAGUUAUGGCUUGGGAACCAGAAAUGAGAGAGAGGAACGACUAAUACAGUUCUGUACACAACACAAAUUGACAAUUGCAAACACUUUUUUCCAACACCAUAAAAGAAGAUUAUAUACCUGGAAGAGGCCGGGAGAUACAGCGAUAUAUCAAAUCGAUUACAUUAUUACUAAACAACGCUUUAAAAAUCAAAUUAAACAAUGCAAAACUUAUCCUGGUGCUGAUAUUGACAGCGAUCACAAUCUAAUUAUUAUGGAAACAAAUCUAAAGUACAAAAAAAUUAAGAAAGGUGUUUUCACAAAUAAAUGGAAUUUAGAAGUGUUUAAGAAAGAUGAGAAGAGAAUAGAAUUUAAAGAGAAAUGUAAGAAAGCAUUAAACAACAUAUAA